AUGCUCGCCGAGUUGAAGGCCUUAUUUCCCAGUGGCCUCUAUGCCGAUAAUCAGUACAGAAUUACGAAGAACGACGCUUCUGAUUGGUGGAAGUCUGUCUUUAAAAAGAGAACUCUGGUGACGUGGAAAGAGUUCAAGUUGGCAUUCAACCAGGUGCACAAGGUUGGAACGAGUAAGGAGUCAGAUGCCUUGAAGACUACGCUAGACCUCUCCUGCGAUGAGCAUAUAUCCAUAUUUGAGUUUGAUAUAUUUACUAGACUCUUCCAACCAUGGCGGACCCUGCUCUGCAAUUGGAAUGUUCUGGCAGUGUCUCACCCUGGCUACGUGGCCUUCAUGACCUACGACGAGGUCAAGGCUAUGCUUGCAAAGUUCAAGGACAAACCUGGCAGUUGCACCCGCCUGGGCCAGUGGGCCAUUGGUUACGUAACGAAGAACAACGAGAUCCUGCAGACCAUACCCCAGAACAAAAGUCUCGGUCAGGCCCUCAUUGAUGGACAGAAGGAAAAAUAUUAUCUCUAUCCAGCCGGCCAGGCACACAACCCGAACAUACAACAACUUGUUGAAGAUGCGCACGGCGAUCACAUUAAGGCCCAGAGCGGACUCUGCCCGUUCUGUCGUUCCGAGAUCAAAGGCACCCAGAAAAUUGUGGUCGACCCUUUCAACCCCCCGAAAUCUCUGACGUCAUCGCUCUCGCCCUUAUCGUCAUCAUCGCCACCGCAUGGCGAUGCUCCUGAUAACGAUAGCACUGGUGGCGGUCAUGAUGAUGAUUCUGUAGGGGCCGGGCAUUCUAGAUCGGUUUGUACUACUACUAGUACUAAUAAUAAUAAUAAUAAAAAUAAUAAUAAUAAUAAUAAUGCCACUGCUACUGGUGGCUGUAGGGAUUUGGUUCCACCAAUGAUACCAGCUAGACAGCCAAGCCCAGCUGCUUCUCCCAAUCAUUCGCCUGUUACCGCAAGGGAAUACAUCGGUACUUAG